AUGGGAACCUACUCUGGCGAUACUGCCGCUGCCGAGGGACUUUGGCCCUUGCAGCCCUCACCGACAGAUUCAGGGUCUUCUCACAACACUUGGAAUGAGAAAGACGAAGCGCAUUCGAAUGCGAAUAAGGGCAUAUUCACCUGCGACAAAUAUCUCCGCGGGAGUGUCCUGGGUCAGGGAGCAUGGUCUGCCGUCUACAAGGUCAAGAGGAUUGCGGACGGCAAGCUUUUUGCUGGAAAGGCGUCUUGCGAUGAGCAGCUGAACCAGGAGAUUGAGAUACUUCUCAAGUUUAGUCAUAAUCACAUCUUGAAAUUUGUUGAACUCCACCAGCAAGGUGAAGCCGCAGGGGCUAAGAUCCUCAUCACCGAGCUUUGUGCAGAGGGAGACCUUGGCGAUCAUAUCUAUCACGUUCCUGGCGGCAUGGGCAAGAGGGAUAUCCUCCUUGUUAUGAGCCAAAUAGGGGAUGCGCUUGCCUUUAUCCAUGAACAGAACUACUACCACUCGGAUGUCAAGCCACGAAACAUUCUUAUCCGCAAAUUGAACCCCAUCUAUGUUGUUCUGGCCGACUGCGCAGACUGCCAACGCCACGAUGGCAAGGAAGACGAUAUUUGGGCUCUCGGAAUCACUUUGCUUAGCAUGAUGGCGCAACUGCCGGAGAUGCGAGUCACACAUAAGAAGAAGAUAUACGACGACGUGUACAAACAUACCAAACGUUGUGCCAAGCAAGCACGAGACCUCCUGGCACUGAAUCCAGACGACGGACUUGUGAAACUUGUCGGAGGGAUGCUGCAUCGCGCGUCUAAGAGGCGUAUUACAGCGGCAGAGUGCAGUCAGGAGGCCAAGAAGCUUUUGGAGCAAUUGGAUAAAGAUGGAGAGGAGUCUAAGGGCAAGGGCACUGAGGGACUGGGAAUUCAAUCGCCCGAGGGGUUCAAGCCUAUUUCUUUUUGGUGA